CGCCUGCAGCAGCCUCAGCACCGCAACCUCGGGCCCCGAGCCGGCUAUGGCUGUGGCCUGGGGCUGAGCGCGCAGACGGUGUGACCGAGAUUCCCAAGAGAGAGAUAUUCUGAGGAGAGAAGAGGAAGGAGGGGCGGGCUCCUGGCAAGGCAUCUGCUCCUGACCCAAGUCCUGCGAAGAUGGAGAAGGAGGAGGAGAUGACUCGGGAGCUGCUGCUGCCCAACUGGCAGGGCAGCGGCUCCCACGGGCUGACCAUCACCCAGAGGGAUGAUGGCGUCUUUGUGCAGGAGGUGAUGCAGAACUCCCCUGCGGCCCGCACUGGGGUGGUCAAGGAGGGGGACCAGAUUGUGGGUGCCACCAUCUACUUUGACAACCUGCAGUCGGGUGAGGUGACCCAACUGCUGAACACCAUGGGCCACCACACCGUGGGCCUGAAGCUGCAUCGCAAGGGGGACCGGUCCCCUGAGCCUGGCCAGACCUGGACCCAUGAGGUCUUCAGUUCCCACAGCUCCGAAGUGGUUCUGAGCGGGGAUGACGAGGAGUACCAGCGCAUCUACGCCACAAAGAUCAAGCCUCGGCUGAAGUCAGAGGCCGGAGUGGAAGGGGACGCUGGGGAGACCCAGAGCCGUACCAUCACGGUGACCAGGAGGGUCACGGCCUACACUGUGGAUGUGACAAGCCGUGAAGGUGCCAAGGACAUUGACAUCAGCAGCCCAGAGUUCAAGAUCAAGAUCCCACGGCACGAAUUGACCGAAAUCUCCACUGUGGACGUGGAGACCCAGCCCGGGAAGACAGUGAUCAGACUGCCCUCGGGCUCAGGGGCUGGGUCUCCCACCACAGGCUCCACCGUGGACAUCCGAGCAGGGUCCAUUUCCACUGCAGGCCCAGAGUUGCCAGGGGCUGGCCACUCGAAGGUCCAGGUCACCGUGCCUGGGGUAAAGGUGGGAAGCCCGGGGGUCAGUGUCAAUGCAAAGGGCUUGGACUUGGGUAGCAAAGGAGGGAUCCAGGUCCCAGGGGUGGAUGUUUUGUCCUCUCUUGGGGGCGGGGCAGUAGAGGGGCAGGGCCCAUCUCUUGAUGGGAAAAUUAAAUUUCCCACCAUGAAGGUGCCAAAAUUUGGUGUCUCAAUAGGGCCUGAGGGCCAGGCCCCCGAGGCGGGGUUGAGCGUUUCCCCCCCUGAACUCUCUGUGGGGCACAAAGGUGGCAAGCCAGGUUUGACUAUUGGUGGAAGCAUCCAGACCCCUCAGCUCGAAGUUAGUGCCCCCUCUGCCAAUAUUGAGGGGCUUGAGGGGAAGUUGAAGGGCCCCCAGAUCACUGGACCAUCCCUUGAGGGUGGCCUAAGCCUGAAAGGUGCCAAGCCACAGGGGAGUUUAGGAGUGGACAUCUCUGUGCCCCAAAUUGAGAGCAGCGUCUCUGGCUCCAGGGUAGAAGUUCAAGCUCCUAACAUUGACAUUCAUGGGCCUGGGGGCAAAGUGAAUGUGCCCAAGGUGAAGGCCCCUCAGUUCUCUGUAUCAGGUUCUAAGGGAGACAGGCCUGGCAUUGAUGUGACACUACCCACAGGUGAAGUGACGCUUCCUGGGGUCUCUGGGAAUGUCAACCUGCCUGAGGUUGCUUCUGGGGGUCUGGAAGGGAAGUUGAAGGGUCCUAAAAUCAAGGCUCCUGAAAUGAUUAUUCAGAAACCUAAAAUCUCCAUGCAGGAUGUGGAUCUGAGCCUUGGGUCCUCGAAACUGAAAGGAGACAUUAAGGUUUCUGCUCCUGGGGUGCAAGGUGAUGUUAAAGGCCCUCAAGUGGCAGUUAAAGGUGCCAAAGUAGACAUAGAGACACCCAGCCUAGAGGGAACCAUUACUGGCCCCAAACUUAGUGGUCCUUCUGGGAAAGCAGGAACCUGCAGUAUCUCUAUGGCAGACGUGGACUUGAAUGUGGCUGCACCAAAAGUGAAAGGGGGUGUUGAUGUUAUGCUUCCAAAAGUAGAGGGGAAAGUCAGUGUCCCUGAAGUUGAUGUCAAAGGCCCCAAAGUGGAUGUGAGUGCCCCAGAUGUGGAAGUUCAUGGUCCGGACUGGAAUCUGAAAAUGCCCAAGAUGAAAAUGCCCAAGUUCAGCACUCCAGGAGUCAAAGGGGAAGGGCCAGAUGUAGAUGUGAGUCUCCCCAAAGGUGAUGUCAGUAUUUCAGGGCCCAAGGUUCAUGUGGAUGCCCCAAAUGUCAAUAUCGGGGGCCUGGCAGGCAACCUUAAAGGCCCUGAUGUUCAGCUGCCUGAAGUGAGUGUCAAGACACCAAAGCUGUCCAUGCCUGAUGUGGAUUUGCAUGUGAAAGGCCCCAAAGUAAAAGGAGAGUAUGAUGUAACAGCGCCAAAACUUGAAGGAGAGCUGAAAGGCCCCAAAGUGGACAUCGAUGUCCCAGAUGUGGAUAUCCAGGGCCCAGACUGGCACCUGAAGAUCCCCAAGAUGAAAAUGCCCAAGUUCACUGUUCCAGGGUUCAAAGCUGAGGGCCCUGAAGUCAAUGUAAACCUGCCUAAGCCUGAUGUGGACAUUUCUGGGCCCAAGGUAGAUGUUAGUGCUCCAGAUGUGAAUAUUGAGGGACCAGAGGGGAAAUUGAAAGGACCCAAGUUUAAGAUGCCUGAGAUGAAUAUCAAAGCACCAAAGAUUUCCAUACCAGAUGUGGACUUACACUUGAAAGGCCCUAGUGUAAAAGGAGAAUAUGAUGUCACAGUGCCAAAGGUUGAAGGUGAGAUUAAAGUUCCUGAUGUUGAACUUAAGAGUGCCAAAGUGGACAUUGAUGCUCCAGAUGUGGAUGUUCAUGGCCCAGACUGGCACCUGAAGAUGCCCAAGAUGAAAAUGCCCAAGUUCAGUAUGCCUGGCUUCAAAGGAGAGGGCCCGGAAGUGGAUGUGAACCUGCCCAAGACUGACAUUGACAUUGCUGGACCCAAGGUGGAUGUUGAAGGUCCAGAUGUGAAUAUUGAAGGACCUGAAGGAAAGCUAAAGGGUCCCAAGUUUAAGAUGCCAGAGAUGAACAUCAAGGCCCCCAAGAUCUCCAUGCCUGAUGUAGAUUUGCACAUGAAAGGUCCCAAGGUGAAGGGAGAAUAUGAUGUUACAGUGCCAAAGCUGGAAGGGGACCUGAAGGGGCCCAAAGUAGACCUCAGUGCACCAGAUGUUGAAGUUCACGGUCCCGACUGGAAUCUGAAGAUGCCAAAGAUGAAGAUGCCCAAAUUCACCAUGCCCAGCCUUAAAGGAGAGGGCCCAGAAUUGGAUGUGAAUCUGCCCAAGGCGGAUCUCGACAUUUCUGCACCAAAGGUAGAUAUUAGUGCUCCAGAUCUGAGCCUUGAAGGGCCAGAAGGAAAGUUGAAAGGCCCCAAGUUUAAGAUGCCUGAGAUGCACUUCAGAGCUCCUAAGAUGACCCUGCCAGAUGUUGACAUGGAUCUUAAAGGACCCAAAAUGAAAGGCAGUCUUGAUGUGUCUGCACCAAAAAUAGAAGGUGAGAUGAAAGCUCCAGAGGUGGACAUCAAAGGCCCCAAAUUAGAUGUUAAAGCACCAGAUGUGGAAGUUCAGGGUGCGGACUGGAGUCUGAAGAUGCCCAAGAUGAAAAUGCCUAAAUUCAGCAUGCCCAGCUUCAAAGGCCAGGGCCCAGAUGUGGAUGUGAACCUGCCUAAGGCUGACAUUGAUGUCUCUGGGCCAAAGGUGGACAUUGAAGCCCCAAAUGUGAGCCUUGAGGGGCCUGAAGGAGAACUCAAGGGUCCUAAGUUUAAGAUGCCUGAGAUGCACAUCAAGGCCCCCAAGAUCUCAAUGCCUGAUGUGGACUUAAACUUGAAAGGCCCCAAAGUCAAAGGGGAUGUGGAUGUGUCUGUGCCAAAGAUAGAAGGUGAAAUGAAAGUGCCAGAUGUGGACAUCAAAGGCCCCAAAGUGGAUGUUGCUGUCCCAGAUGUGGACGUUCAAGGCCCAGACUGGCACCUGAAGAUGCCCAAGAUGAAAAUGCCCAAGUUCAGCAUGCCUGGCUUCAAAGGAGAGGGCCCUGAGGUGGAUGUGAAUCUGCCUAAAGCCGAUAUUGACAUUUCAGGACCCAAGGUGGAUAUUGAAGCCCCAGAUGUGAGUCUUGAGGGGCCAGAAGGAAAGCUCAAGGGUCCUAAGUUCAAGAUGCCCGAGAUGCACUUCAAGGCCCCCAAGAUCUCUAUGCCUGAUGUGGACUUAAACUUGAAAGGCCCUAAAGUCAAAGGGGAUGUGGAUGUGUCUGUGCCCAAGAUAGAAGGUGAAAUGAAAGUGCCAGAUGUGGACAUCAAAGGCCCCAAAGUGGAUGUUGAUGUCCCAGAUGUGGACGUUCAAGGCCCUGACUGGCACCUGAAGAUGCCCAAGAUGAAAAUACCCAAGUUCAGCAUGCCAGGCUUCAAAGGCCAGGGCCCAGAUGUGGACGUGAACCUGCCUAAGGCUGACAUCGAUGUCUCUGGACCCCAGGUGGACAUUGAAGCCCCAGAUGUGAGUCUUGAGGGGCCAGAAGGAAAGCUCAAGGGUCCUAAGUUCAAGAUGCCCGAGAUGCACUUCAAGGCCCCCAAGAUCUCUAUGCCUGAUGUGGACUUAAAUUUGAAAGGCCCUAAAGUCAAAGGGGAUGUGGAUGUGUCUGUCCCCAAGAUAGAAGGUGAAAUGAAAGUGCCAGAUGUGGACAUCAAAGGCCCCAAAGUGGACGUUGAUGUCCCAGAUGUGGACGUUCAAGGCCCUGACUGGCACCUGAAGAUGCCCAAGAUGAAAAUGCCCAAGUUCAGCAUGCCUGGCUUCAAAGGAGAGGGCCCUGAUGUGGAUGUGAAUCUGCCUAAAGCUGAUAUUGACAUUUCAGGACCCAAGGUGGAUAUUGAAGCCCCAGAUGUGAGUCUUGAGGGGCCAGAAGGAAAGCUCAAGGGUCCUAAGUUCAAGAUGCCCGAGAUGCACUUCAAGGCCCCCAAGAUCUCAAUGCCUGAUGUGGACUUAAACUUGAAAGGCCCUAAAGUCAAAGGGGAUGUGGAUGUGUCUGCCCCCAAGAUAGAAGGUGAAAUGAAAGUGCCAGAUGUGGACAUCAAAGGCCCCAGAGUGGAUGUUGAUGUCCCUGAUGUGGACGUUCAAGGCCCUGACUGGCACCUGAAGAUGCCUAAGAUGAAAAUGCCUAAAUUUAGUGUGCCUGGCUUCAAAGGAGAGGGCCCUGAGGUGGAUGUGAACUUGCCCAAGGCUGAUAUUGACAUCUCUGGACCCAAGGUGGACAUUGAAGCCCCAGAUGUGAGUCUCGAGGGGCCAGAAGGAAAGCUCAAGGGUCCUAAGUUUAAGAUGCCUGAGAUGCAUUUCAAAACUCCAAAGAUCUCCAUGCCUGACAUUGAUUUAAACCUCAAGGGCCCCAAGGUGAAAGGGGAUGUGGAUGUUUCUCUGCCCAAAGUUGAAGGGGAUCUGAAAGGGCCAGAUGUGGACAUCAAAGGCCCCAAAGUGGAUGUUGAUGUCCCAGAUGUGGAUGUUCAAGGCCCUGACUGGCACCUGAAGAUGCCCAAGAUAAAAAUGCCCAAGUUCAGCAUGCCUGGCUUCAAAGGAGAGGGCCCAGAAGUGGAUGUGAAUCUGCCCAAGGGUGACAUAGAUAUCUCAGGACCGAAGGUGGAUGUUGAAGUUCCAGAUGUGAACAUUGAAGGUCCCAAUGCAAAAGUAAAAGGUCCUAAAUUUAAAUUGCCAGAAAUGAAUAUAAAGCCUCAGAAGAUAUCCAUGCCAGAUGUUAGUUUGCAUUUGAAAGGCCCUAAAGUGAAAGGAGAUUAUGAUGUUACAGUUCCAAAAGUAGAAGGAGAGAUUAAAGCCCCUGAUGUUGACAUCAAAGGUCCAAAAGUGGACAUUAAUGCACCAGAUACAGGAGUUCAUGGUCCAGACUGGCACCUGAAGAUGCCCAAGGUGAAAAUGCCCAAGUUCAGCAUGCCUGGCUUCAAAGGAGAGGGCCCAGAAGUGGAUGUGAACUUGCCCAAGGCUGACAUUGACAUCUCAGGACCCAAGGUGGACAUUGAUGCCCCAGAUGUAAAUAUUGAAGGUCCGGAGGGGAAACUAAAGGGUCCCAAAUUCAAGAUGCCAAGCAUGCACAUACAGACGCACAAAAUCUCCAUGCCUGAUGUUGGACUUAAUCUGAAAUCCCCUAAACUUAAGUCUGAUGUAGAUGUUUCUCUUCCUAAAGUGGAAGGAGACUUGAAAGGUCCUGGAAUUGAUGUGAAAGCCCCGAAAAUGGACGUGGAUGUUGGUGAUAUAGAUAUUGAAUGUCCAGAAGGAAAGCUUAAGGGGCCCAAGUUUAAGAUGCCUGAGAUGCACUUCAAGGCUCCCAAGAUCUCCAUGCCUGAUGUGGACUUAAACUUGAAAGGCCCCAAAGUUAAAGGGGAUGUGGAUGUGUCUGUGCCCAAGAUAGAAGGUGAAAUGAAAGUGCCAGAUGUGGACAUCAAAGGCCCCAAAGUGGACAUUGAUGUCCCAGAUGUGGAUGUGCAAGGCCCUGACUGGCACCUGAAGAUGCCCAAGGUGAAAAUGCCCAAGUUCAGCAUGCCUGGCUUCAAAGGAGAGGGCCCCGAGGUGGAUGUGAACCUGCCUAAAGCUGAUAUUGACAUCUCUGGACCCAAGGUGGACAUUGAAGCCCCAGAUGUGAGUCUCGAGGGGCCAGAAGGAAAAUUGAAAGGCUCUAAAUUUAAGAUGCCUAAGUUGAAUAUCAAAGCUCCCAAGAUCUCCAUGCCAGAUGUGGACUUAAACUUGAAGGGACCCAAACUGAAAGGAGAGAUGGAUGUUUCUGUGCCAGAUCUAGAAGGUGAUCUUAAAGGUCCACAAGUUGACAUCAAAGGUCCCAGUGUGGAUGUGGAAGUGCCUGAUGUUGAACUGGAGUGUCCUGAAGCAAAGUUGAAAGGCCCUAAGUUUAAGAUGCCUGAGAUGCACUUCAAGACCCCCAAGAUCUCCAUGCCUGAUGUGGACUUAAACUUGAAAGGCCCCAAAGUCAAAGGGGAUGUGGAUGUAUCUGUGCCAAAAUUGGAGGGAGAUUUGAAAGGCCCCAGUGUGGAUGUGGAGGUGCCUGAUGUUGAUCUGGAGUGUCCUGAUGCAAAGUUGAAAGGCCCUAAGUUUAAAAUGCCUGAGAUGCAUUUCAAAGCCCCCAAGAUCUCCAUGCCUGAUGUGGACUUAAACUUGAAAGGCCCCAAAGUCAAAGGGGAUGUGGAUGUGUCUGUGCCCAAGAUAGAAGGUGAAAUGAAAGUGCCAGAUGUGGACAUCAAAGGCCCCAAAGUGGACAUUGAUGUCCCAGAUGUGGACGUUCAUGGCCCAGACUGGCACCUGAAGAUGCCCAAGGUGAAAAUGCCCAAGUUCAGCAUGCCUGGCUUCAAAGGAGAGGGCCCAGAAGUGGAUGUGAACCUGCCCAAGGCCGACAUAGAUGUCUCAGGACCCAAGGUGGACAUUGAUGUUCCAGAUGUGAACAUUGAAGGUCCAGAUGCAAAACUGAAGGGCCCCAAGUUCAAAAUGCCAGAGAUAAACAUCAAAACUCCCAAGAUCUCCAUGCCUGAUGUUGACCUGGAUUUGAAAGGAUCCUUAGGCAAGGGUGAUUUUGAUGUGUCUGUUCCUAAGAUUGAAGGGACUUUCAAAGGCCCAGAAGUAGACCUUAAAGGUCCAUGUCUGGAUGUUGAAGGCCCUGAUGCCAAACUCAGUGGCCCACGUUUGAAGAUGCCAUCACUAGAUGUAUCUGCUCCUAAAGUAACUGCUCCUGACAUUGAUUUGCAUCUCAAGACACCCAAAAUUGGAAUUUCUGGUCCCAAAUUAGAAGGUGGUGAACUGGACCUCAAGGGACCCAAAGUUGAUUUAGAAGCUCCAAGCUUAGAUGUACACGUGGAGAGCCCAGAUGUUAACAUUGAAGGGCCAGAUGUAAAAAUUCCCAAAUUUAAGAAACCCAAGUUUGGGUUUGGGGCAAAAAGCCCUAAAGCUGACUUCAAGUCACCUACACUUGAUGUGACUGUUCCUGAGGCAGAGCUGAACGUUGAAGCUCCUGAAAUUAGUGUUGGUGGCAAGGGCAAGAAAAGUAAGUUUAAAAUGCCGAAAAUUCACAUGAGUGGGCCUAAAAUGAAGGCCAAGAAGCAAGGAUUUGAUUUGAAUGCUCCUGGGGGUGAAAUUGAUGCCAGUCUCAAGUCUCCUGACAUAGACGUCAAUGUUGCGGGGCCGGAUGCCUCACUGAAAGUUGAUGUGAAAUCUCCCAAGACCAAGAAACCUAUGUUUGGGAAAAUGUACUUCCCAGAUGUAGAAUUUGACAUUAAAUCAUCUAAAUUUAAAGCUGAGGCAUCUCUCCCUAGCCCCAAAAUGGGGGGUGAAAUCCAGGCGCCUGAUCUGGAUAUUUCUUCACCAGGGAUUAAUGUGGAAGGUCCUGACAUCAAGCUGAAGGCUCCCAAGAUCAAGGCGCCAGGUGUUGAUGUCUCAGGGCCAAAGAUAGAGGGCGACUUGAAAGGCCCCAGGGUGCAGGCAAACCUGGACGCACCUGACAUCAACAUUGAAGGCCCAGAUGCUAAAGUCAAAGCACCAUCAUUUGGCAUUUCUGCCCCUCAAGUAUCCAUCCCUGAUGUGAAUGUUAGCUUGAAAGGACCAAAGAUAAAGGGUGAUGUCCCCAGUAUGGGACUAGAAGGACCAGAUGUAGAUCUGCAAGGUCCGGAAUCAAAAAUUAAGUUCCCUAAGUUUGCGAUGCCCAAGAUCGGCAUCCCUGGUGUGAAAGCAGAUGGUGGGGGAGCUGAGGUCCAGCUGCCCUCUCUUGAAGGUGGCUUGAGCACAGCAGAUGUCAAGCUUGAAGGGCCUGACGUGUCUCUCAAGGGGCCAAAAGUAGACUUGCCAUCAGUGAGCCUCUCUACGCCAAAAAUCUCUGGACCUGACCUUGACCUGAACUUGAAAGGACCAAGUUUGAAGGGAGACCUGGAUGUAUCUGUUCCCAGCAUGAAGGUGCAUGCCCCCGGGCUUGACCUCAGAGGUGUCGGCGGAAAGGUGAAGGUAGAAGGUGAUGGUGUGAAGGUGCCUGGAAUCGAUGCUACAGCAGCACUUGACAUUGGUGUGCCGGAUGUGACCCUGAAAGGACCAAGCCUGCAGGGUGACCUGGCCGUCUCUGGUGACAUCAAGUGUCCCUCGGUAUCAGUAGGUGCUCCUGAUCUAAGCUUGGAGGCACCUGAGGGUGGUAUUAAACUUCCCAAGAUGAAGCUGCCCCAGUUUGGCAUCUCCACUCCAGGGUCUGACAUGGACAUCAAUGUCAAGGGGCCACAGGUGACUGGAGAACUCAAGGGGCCUGGCAUGGACAUGAACCUCGGAGGCCUAAACCUGAAAGGGCCUCAGCUCUCUGGCCCUCAAAUCUCAGCGCCAGAUGUGGACUUGAACUUGGAAGGACCAAAAAUAAAAGGCAGCCUUGGGGCCAGUGGUGAGAUGAAAGGCCCCAUGGUUGGUGUUCCGGGCAUCAGUGUUCAAGGCUUGGAAGGAAACCUCCAAACGCCUGGAGUGAAGUCAUCUGGAUGUGAUGUGGUGCUGCCAGGUAUGAACGUGAAACUCCCAACCGGGCAGAUUUCUGGUCCUGAAAUCAAAGGUGACCUGAAAGGUUCAGGGAUAGGUUUCCGUGGAGCUGCUCCCGACAUUGGCGUGAAAGGGCCUUCAUUGAACGUGGCAUCUCCUGAGUCAGAUUUUGGUGUCAGCUUGAAGGGCCCGAAAAUCAAAGGAGGCGUGGAUGUUUCAGGAGGUGUCAGUGCCCCAGAUAUCAGCCUGGGUGAAGGGCACAUGAGUGUCAAAGGUUCCAGCGGGGAGUGGAAAGGACCCCAGGUCUCCUCUGCUCUCAACCUGGAUGCACCUAAGUUUGCUGGAGGACUUCAUUUCUCAGGACCAAAGGUAGAAGGAGGUGUCAAAGGAGGCCAGGUUGGACUUCAGGGUCCUGGACUGAGCGUGUCUGGGCCUCAAGGUCACUUGGAAAGCGGAUCUGGAAAAGUAACAUUCCCCAAGAUGAAGAUCCCCAAGUUCACCUUCUCUGGCCGGGAGCUAGUGGGCAGAGAAGUGGGAGUGGAUAUUAACUUCCCUAAAGCAGAGGCCAGUGUCCAGUCUGGAGCCGGAGAGGGCGAGUGGGAAGAAUCUGAUGUAAAACUUAAAAAGUCCAAAAUCAAGAUGCCCAAGUUCACCUUCUCCAAACCUAAAGGGAAAGCUGGCAUCACCGGCUCACCAGAAGCGUCUGUUUCGGGGUCCAAAGGUGACCUGAAGAGCUCCAAGGCCAGCUUGGGUUCCCUGGAAGGCGAGGCCGAGGUCGACACGUCUUCACCCAAAGGCAAAUUCUCCUUAUUCAAAAGCAAGAAGCCAAGCCACCGCUCAAAUUCCUUCAGUGAUGAAAGGGAGCACUCUGCCCCUACCACCCCCACGGGGACUUUGGAGUUUGAUGGCGGGGAGGUGGUGCUGGAAGGCGGGAAAGUCAAAGGGAAACAUGGCAAGCUGAAAUUUGGUACCUUUGGUGGAUUGGGGUCAAAGAGCAAAGGUCAUUAUGAGGUGACCGGGAGCGAUGAUGAGGCAGGCAAGUUACAGGGGAGUGGAGUGUCCUCGUCCUCUAAGAAGUCCCGACUGUCGUCGUCUUCUAGCAACGACAGUGGGACUAAGGUUGGCAUCCAGCUUCCCGAGGUGGAGCUGACAGUUUCCACAAAGAAAGAGUAGCCGCCUCUGUGUGUGUACAUAUCUGUAUAGAACUCCAUCAGCCUUGGGUGUGUUUGUAUAUAAACUCCAAAGAGAAACACGCCAACAGCCUCAGCAACGAUGCAAAGAUCUGGCCUCUGCCAGGGGCAAGUGCUGAAAAGCCAGCCGCCUUUUGGCUCCUCCCGGAGCUUUACAGAUAGAUUCCAAGUUCUUCGUCCAGCCCACGUGCAAAAUCAGCAGUAUUUGCCUUCAGAUUUCAGUUUUUUUGUUUUGUUUUGUUUUCUUUUUUUGCAUUGAAUGCUGAGAGCUCCUGUUUACUAAGCCAGCUUUUGUGUUUAUUAUCUUCAUUUUUACUGAACAUUGUUAGUGUUGGGGUCAUGGAAACCCACUUUUUUCAUUGUAAUGACUUUUGGGGGCUUUUGUUAGUAAGGGUGGGGUGGGGCAGAAGGCAGUAGAGGGGGGCCAGUCCUUUAUUUCUCCUACAAUUGGGCCUACUCGAACAGCAAACACCCAAAGAUGGCUGAGAGGAGCCGGCCGGCGGUCCGUGUGGGUGUUUCUAGAACUGGGUAUCAUUGCUUUUUGUUUCCCCAGGGGUGGCGGUCAGUCCCAGCCUGUUAGGUGCUCAUGGGGGAGAGGGAAUUAGAAUCUCUUUGUAAAUCAGGCCACCUACUCGCUCCACACGAGGGCCUUCCAUUCUCUGUGUUGUAAGAGAAAUGUUUUCUUCGUGAUUGCCAUGUUCCUGAUAUUAGUUCUGAUUUCCUUUAACAAAUGUUAUUGUGAUUAAGAAAAUUUCCAGCACUUUAAUGGCAAAUUAAUUGAGAAUGUAAGAAAAUUGAUGCUGUCAAGGGCAAAUAAAGCUGUUUAUUAACCCGGA